AUGAUGUGGGUGUUCGCACCCUUCAAAAGGAUCGAAACAAACAGCAUCUCGGGUGAAUUUGUGGGAAUCCCGCAUGAUACGUUUGUCCGGAGCUCGCACUGGGAUAGCGCCCGCAGCUCGCGCCGCUCGGCCGCGAGGGAGACACUCGCCGCAGCGCUGGGGGUGUGGCUCCCGAGCGUCGCCAUUGGCUCCCUUGCCACAUUGUGCUAUCUCAAUAAUUCGAUCGUGAAUCGGGCUCGUCGAGCCCAGAGUCCGAGUAGCGGCAGGCAGGCGGCCGCGACGGAGCCGAGCGAGGUGGGCACGGAGGUAGCGGGUGCGCACCCGCCUGCCGCCGACGGCUACAUGUACGUGUGUGGAGACAGCACCGGCGGCGCCGGGCCUCGCUACGAGUGCGCCUUCGAGGGUGGCGGUGGCAUGGAGCAGCCGACGUUUGAAGAGCACAUGUUUGGCGAGUUUGGCAAAGAUCGGCAAGUGCAAGUCGUGGUUGGCGCAGGGGGCGAGCUGCAGUACCGCGAGGACCUGCCGGUGUACGCCGGCAGCGAGCAGAAGCGCAAAGAGGAGCCGCUGCUGCUACAGGCGGUCGAGACGGUGCCCACGUCGCACGCGACGCAUCCGCCACCGCCACCUCCUCCGUCAACGUCCAAAAAAAGCGACAAGAAAAAAAGUGAAAACAACGGAAUCAAGAAAAAGAAAACAAGGACAACAUUCACCGCGUAUCAGUUAGAAGAGCUCGAACGCGCAUUUGAGCGCGCUCCCUAUCCUGACGUGUUUGCGAGAGAAGAACUUGCUCUGAAACUUAAUUUAUCGGAAUCACGAGUUCAGGUUUGGUUUCAAAAUAGAAGAGCAAAGUGGCGUAAACGUGAGCCUCCUCGGAAGACCGGCUACAUUGGUUCCAGUUCGCCGAGUUCAACUACAUUAGGGGGUGGAUUUUCCGGUAUCGGAGGAAACUUGCCUGCUUUCCCUCAGAAUGGAUUACCAGCCCCGGCGGACUCUUGGUCCUAUCAACAUUCAUAUGAACUUUCAUCGCAUCACUUAUUAUCCUCAGGAAGUAGCGGAUACCCUGGAUUUAACACUCAACCUGCUUACUCUUACACAACAGUGCUCAACGGACACGAUGGUCAAAUGUUUGCUCCGCGUCAUUCGUACGAGUAUGGUGAAGGUAGCCCUCCACCACUUGGUGUCAGGGACUACCCCAUGAUAGCAGCACAUUCUCCGCAGAUAGAAGCACAUGGGCACGAUGAUAAAUUAGAGUAUCGAACCCACGAUCACGAGGACAAGUAUUCGUCGUGUGCACUACAAGAGGACACGCCUCGGUACGCCGCACCGCCUGAAGACUACGACAAAUGCGGAAUGGUACAGCACGAUAAGCACUACGAGAUGGAUCGUCAUUCCGAUAUAUCACAGCCUGUAGUAGUAAAAAUGGAGCCAAGUCCCGGUCAACCCUAUACUUCACUGCCCCCUUUUUUGAAC